GAGGAAUAUCUUUAAGAGGUUUCACAUAGUUGUAAUUGACUCGUUAGUGUUGCACGUCGUAUGCCAGAUCUAUCUGGCAUGUGCCAUACAUACCCGAUACUAUGCAAUGCGCUUAAUUGAUUAGUGACAUCACAUAUCUGUCACCUCGUGUACAUCAAACUUGGAAUAUAUUAUCUCAACUCCCAUGAAGUCAUUCCAGUUCUCAAAUUCCAAUGCAAAUAAACUCACCAAGGUUUCAAUCAUGAGUAAUCAAUACCGCAAUCACCUUCUCUUGAGCAGUCCUCGCACAGCCUCCAAUCUCUUAGUUACGAUCCUCAAUCUCGAAAAUCAACCAAACAUCUACACAACCGAAAAAUCCAAACACGGAUAUUUCUUCGUCGACAGUUACAACACCCGGAAAUAUCUCUUCACUGCCGAUUCACCACAUAUGAAAGAUUGGACGGAAGAUGAUCGAAAGAAAUCUCUAGCGGCUCAUCAAUCCUGCUUCGAAAAUUUGCGUGAUCAUGCUAUUGCCGCGAAAUCAGAAGGGAAAUUCGCUUAUGUUAAAGAACACGCUAAUUGGCUCGUAAAUCCUGUUGCGCUGACGGAAUUGCUUUACGGUGAAGAAGUUGGGGAAGAGGGGUGGACUGUGAAAGCUUUUGAUAGUCAAACACGUUCCAUCGGCAAUGAUACACUUCUACCAGAUGAAUUUUUGAAGGAAUGGAUGCCAACGUUUUUAAUUCGUCAUCCUGCAUUGGUUAUUCCUUCAUUUAUCAGAGCUCGUCUAGACAUAGAGGGAUUAGAAUAUACGAAAAAGGAAUGGAAAUUUCGGAAUAUGCAAAUGACGAUGAAAUGGUCGAGGAAUUUGUAUGAUUGGUACUGCUCUCAAGGGACAGAGGAGCCAAUCGUCCUGGAUGCUGAUGAUAUCAUGAAGAACCGCAGCAUCAUGGUCAAAUAUGCAAAAAUGAUAGGAGCAGAUCCUACGAAAUUGAAGUUUUCGUGGGACGUGGAUAAGGUCGAGCGAGACUGGGGAGAAUUAACUCCUGCAUGGAGAAGAAUGAGUUCUACAUUGAGAUCUUCUUCUGGGAUCUUGGAAGGGAAAACUUCGUCCGGGAUAAUUGUUGAAGAAGAGGUAGCGAAGUGGAAAGAAGAGUUUGGAGAUGAGAUUGCGGGGAUUUUGGAGACUUUGGUAAAAGAUGCCUUGCCACAUUAUGAAUAUAUGAAAUCCAAGCAGCUUACUUAAUGUAUACUAUAUUGUCACUUUCAUGCAUAUGCAUGACAUCUGUUCAGUACAGUAAUCAAGUCUACAACCCGGGAAAAGCAUUAUUUAUUGGAGCUGUUAUUGGUGUGCAAGUAAGUUAUUGAACACUUGACAUAUUUCUCCUUUUUUUCUUUAGUUUGAUAUCCUCUUGAUUAUGUGUAUACUCAGUAUUCUAAACGAUACUACAAGCGGGGGAACUUGGAACAUCUGAAUAAUAACUGAAAGCUAUUUUUAAUGGGUUUGAACAUGAAAGUCCCCUUUGAAGCAAGUUGUCACAUAUUGCGUGUGCACUGUAUGAUACUGGCCGUGAAGCCACUUGCGCCACUUAUGUCACCUUCGAAAUGUUUGUACCAUCCCAUUUACAAUCAACUAUUUAGUGAUUAUAUCA